AUGCCAAUUAAAGUAACUAAACAUGAAUUCCUUGAAAUAUAUUCCAAGAGAAUUUAUAAGAUUGCCGUUCCUGUUAUCCUUACAUUAGUAAUAGAUGUUUGGUUAACAAGAACUUUAGAAGAAAAAUUCGAUAAUACUGCUCUUUCAACAAGUUUCGCAUCAGUUGUAUCACAAAGUAGCGGUGGUGUCAGCACUGCUGUUGCUAUUUAUAUUGCUAUCGGUUUUAUUGUUGCUAUUGCUUUAGUCACAGGCUUAUUAUUAUUACUUUACUGGUUCAAUUGUGUCAAAUGUAUUUACGUAUGGAUGGUUGUUGCCGUUUCUCUUCUUUUAUCAUACUACGUUUAUCUUGCUGUCGGAAAAAUCCCAUCUCUCUACAACAUUCCUAUCGAUUACAUAGCUGUCGUAAUAUUCCUUCUCAAUGGUGUCGUUGUCGGUGGUAUGUCCAUUUUCUGGCGUGCUCCACCGAUUGUUACUCAAGCAUUCAUGAUCUGGAUUUCAGUAAUGACUGCUUGCGUUUUCCUUACAUUACCAGACUGGACAGUAUGGAUCCUUCUGGUUUUACUUAUCAUUUGGGAUUGUUGUGUCGUUCUUUGUCCAAAUGGUUUGCUUCAUUUGCUUAUUAAAAAAUCUCAAGAGCGUGGUGACGCAAUUCCUGCGCUUGUUUACUCAUCAGCUGCCUUCUUCUGGAAAGAAGCCGACGAUGGCGAAGAGCAAAACGAAGAAGGUGAAGAUCAUGAAAAUCUUGACAAUUACGAUGAAGAAUAUGACUCAGCUUCUGAAGAUGAGUCAACAGACCCAGAUUCUUCCGCCAGUUCUGAUGAUGCUCUACCUAUAAAUCCAGAUGAAUUUGUCGGAUUAUCAAAUAAUCCUGAAGACCAGCCUCCUCCACAACCAAAACCAGAACAACAGCCCGAAUCAGAACUUGCACAGCCAGCAGGCGAACCAACAAAGCCAAAGAAGAAACGUCCAAAUCAGGAUAAUCAGCAUGGCGAUCCAGAAAACCCAGAUAAGAGGAAGAAGAAAUCUGGAUCAGCCAAAUCCACACCAACAUCAGAAGGCGUCAAACUUGGCCUUGGUGAUUUCAUUUUCUACGGAAUUCUUGUUACAAGAGCCGCUAGAGUCGGCUGGGAUAUUGCAAUCCUUGAUAUACUCGCUGUUAUGGAUGGUCUUGCUCUAACUCUCAUAUGUUUAGCUUAUUUUGAGAGACCUCUCCCAGCCCUUCCUUUCUCACUCGCUCUCGGUAUUAUUUUCUAUCUCAUUGGAGCUUACACCUUCAGAGGAUUCUCAACAAACUUGAGAAAACUCGUACUUGUAUUUUGA